CUCAGGCAUAUCAACAGCCAGGUCUGUACUUUGGGAAAGACUCCAUCUCACCUUGCAGUUGAGACAAAGAACAUCAGACUUCUUCGUGAUCUGUUGCUGAACAACGCCCUCACUGAUAUUGCAGAUGACAAUGGUGAUAAUGUGUACCAUUAUGCAGCACGAUUACAGAGUGACAGCAAAUGUAUAACAGAGAUUUUACUGACAUACAGCAAGAGAGGUAUAAACCAAGCUAACAAUGAAAAUGAAACGCCAUUGCUGGUUGCAUGUAAAACAGGAAACUUCUACAGCUUUGAGGUCCUGCUGACAAAUGAGGCGACGGUAGAUGUAGCAGAUAACCUUGGAUACCCUAUCCACCACCUUUUUAAAAAUAAGCAGUUAAGUACAUCUGAAGCAAUUUUCAAAGCCAAUCCCAACCAAGGACAUGUUCGAGACAAUAAACAUGGUGGAACACCCCUACACUGGGCAAAGGAUUGCACAUUUAUAAACCUGGUCUUGAAGCAUGAUUGUGAAAUUAAUGCCGUCAGCAAAACCGGCGACACUGCAUUGCAUAUUAUGGUGAGACGACAACGAUUUUCAUGCCUAAUGACCUUCUUGUGCGCAGGAGCUGAUCCCAACAUCAAAGCGUUGAAUGGUGACUCUCCUCUACAUACAGCAGUUAAGGCAGGUUCAGUCGACAUGAUCUAUGCAUUGAUAGUAUUUGGAGCACAACUGAAUGUUGUUAAUGAAUCUGGUGAAACACCUCGCCACCUAGCAGCGGCACAGUCGUUCAAUCCAAUUUAUAAAUCAGGGGAAAUUCUGUGCUCUUUACACUCUGCCGGUGCUAAACGCUGCCCUCAGUCCAUGAAAGGUUGCAGCAAAGGAUGUGCUUACAAUGGUUCAUACGAUGGCAAAGCACCAGUUAAACAAGAUAUCAUCGAAAAUCAGUGCCACAAAGUCUUUGAAGAAUAUAUUGACAUGUUAACUGACAAAAUCCAAGAAGGAAUGUCUGACGCUGCUGAUGGUAGCAGACCUUUGGAGCGUAAGAAGGAUACUGUACUGUGCCUAGAUGGAGGUGGCGUCAGAGGUUUGAUCUUAGUGCAGAUUUUGAUGGCUGUGGAAAAGGCUGCUGGACGUCCAAUUGCUGAGUUAUUUGAUUGGAUAGUUGGUACAAGUACUGGUGGCAUCCUUGCUCUUGCCAUUGCUAAAGGGUAUUGCUUGCAAGAAUGUCGGAAACUCUACUUUAACAUGAAAGAUGAAGUAUUUGAGGGAACCAGACCUUACAAGACAGACAAACUGGAGGCAUUUCUGAAAGAUUUUUUUGGAGAAGAGGCUAAAAUGGAUUCCAUUGAUCAUCCAAAAGUUCUCAUAUCAUGUGUAGUAGCUGACAGAAUCCCGCCAGUUCUUCAUUUCUUCCGAAAUUAUGAUCCGCCCUGCACAUCCUCCUCACACGCAGCGGCUCAUAGUAAGCCCUUUGAUGCUCCAGCUCAUUUCACAGAUCAAUUGGUAUGGCAAGUGGCGAGGGCUAGCGGAGCUGCUCCAAGUUAUUUUCGGCCAAUGGGACGAUAUCUUGAUGGAGGAUUGAUUGCAAACAAUCCUACAUUAGAUGCACUGACAGAAAUCCAUGAACAUUAUAUUGAUAAGAAAAUGAAGAAUCUUCCGACACGGUCUGUUGGACUUGUUUUGUCAAUUGGCACAGGUGUAGUUCCUCGCAAAGCAGUUAAGAACAUUGACAUCAUGCGUCCAGACAGUCCCUUAGACUUAAUCAAUGCUGCAAAGACCAUGAUGGGAGCUGCAACCCUUGGACAAAUGUUUAUAGAGUUGGUGACUGACUCUGUAAACCGUGCAGUAGAUAGACCUCAAGCGUGGUGUGGUUCCCUUCAGGUGCCUUACUUUCGUUUCAGUCCUCCUAUUUCCGUUGAUAUGCCGUUGGAUGAGUCACGUGAUGUCAUGCUCUUGAAGAUCCUUUGGGAAACUGAGUGUUACAUUAAGCAAAAUGAAGUUAAGAUCAAAAAGAUGGUCACAAUUUUAAAAUCCACCUAAGCAAAGACUUUAACAUCUGCAAAAUUCAGUAUUAUUUGGCUAUAAACAUCGUCUAAAGCAAUAUAUUUAAAUGUCUACAAUUUGUUACCAUAUACCUAAGCAAGGCUACAAGUAAAAAUCCACCUAAAGAGGUUGAUUGUUUACAAUGUUUUACCAUCCACCACGGUAUAUGGCUACAAUUUUAAGAUCUAGCCAAGCAUGGUAUUUAAUUAGCUACAAUUUUAACAUUCACUUUCGAAGAAAAUAUUGAAAAUUUUAUUGUCAGUCCAUGUGACUUUUUUGAGGUAAUGAAUAUUGUAUAAUUUGGUAGAUACUGUAGUAGUAAAAUCAUGUCAUAAUUCCACAAUUGGGGAAAGGAUAUGUAAAUUAUUUUAUAUGUGUAUAAAAAA